CAGCGCAGGGAGGAAACCAAACUGCGAUCCCCGCCCACCUCUUCCCUGCGGGAGGAAGCGGGCCCGGCGCCCGGGGGCUGGGAUCCCAACUUCUCUCUGCGAUGCUGCUGCUGUGCGUGUCGGUGGUCGCAGCCUCCGCGCUGGCAGCACCAGCUCCCGGGACUAAAGGGGAGGAGCGGGGAGCUGCUCAGGAGCGGCCCGAUGCGCCUAACGUGGUGCUAGUGGUGAGCGACUCCUUUGAUGGAAGGCUAACAUUUUAUCCGGGAAGUCAGGUAGUGAAACUUCCUUUUAUCAACUUCAUGAAAGCACAUGGCACUUCCUUUCUGAAUGCCUACACAAAUUCUCCAAUCUGCUGCCCAUCACGUGCAGCAAUGUGGAGUGGCCUCUUCACUCACUUAACGGAAUCUUGGAAUAACUUUAAGGGCCUAGAUCCAAAUUAUACAACAUGGAUGGAUAUCAUGGAGAAGCACGGGUACCAAACACAAAAAUUUGGAAAGCUGGACUAUACUUCAGGACAUCAUUCCAUUAGCAAUCGUGUGGAGGCAUGGACAAGGGAUGUCCCUUUUUUACUCAGACAAGAAGGCAGACCUAUGGUUAAUCUUAUCCCUAACAAGACUAAAGUAAGAGUGAUGGAAGGGGACUGGAAGACUACAGACACAGCAGUAAGCUGGUUAAGAAAAGCAGCAGUUAAUCACACUCAACCAUUUGUCCUAUAUUUGGGAUUAAAUUUACCACACCCUUAUCCUUCACCAUCUUCAGGAGAGAAUUUUGGAUCGUCAACAUUUCACACAUCUCUUUAUUGGCUUAAAAAAGUGUCUUAUGAUGCCAUCAAAAUCCCAAAGUGGUCGCCUCUGUCAGAAAUGCACCCUAUAGAUUAUUACUCUUCUUACACAAAAAACUGCACUGGAAAGUUUACAGAAAGAGAAAUUAAGAAUAUUAGAGCAUUUUAUUAUGCUAUGUGUGCUGAGACAGAUGCCAUGCUUGGUGAAAUUAUUUUGGCUCUUCGCCAGUUAAAUCUUCUUGAGAAAACUGUUGUCAUAUACACCUCAGACCAUGGAGAGCUGGCCAUGGAACAUCGUCAGUUUUAUAAAAUGAGUAUGUACGAAGCUAGUGCCCAUGUUCCACUCUUGAUAAUGGGACCGGGAAUUGAGGCCAACCUACAAAUAUCAGAUGUGGUUUCUCUUGUGGAUAUUUACCCUACUAUGCUUGACAUUGCUGGGAUUCCUCUGCCUCAGAACGUAAGUGGAUACUCUUUGUUGCCAUUAUCAUCAGAAAUGUUUGAGAAUGAACAUAAAUUUAAAAGCCUACAUCCACCCUGGAUUCUGAGUGAAUUCCAUGGAUGCAAUGUGAAUGUGUCCACCUACAUGCUUCGAACUAACCAGUGGAAGUAUAUAGCCUACUCUGACGGUGCUUCAGUAUCUCCUCAACUAUUUGAUAUUUCCUCAGAUCCAGAUGAACUAACAAAUAUUGCUACAAAGUUUCCAGAAAUUACUUAUUCUUUGGAUCAGAAGCUUCGUUCCAUUAUAAACUACCCUAAAGUUUCUGCUUCUGUCCACCAAUAUAAUAAAGAGCAGUUUAUCAAGUGGAAACAAAGUGUAGGGCAAAACUAUUCAAAUGUUAUAGCAAAUCUUAGGUGGCAUCAGGACUGGCUGAAAGAACCGAGAAAGUAUGAAAGUGCAAUUGAUCAGUGGCUUAAAACCCACACUCCUCCAAAAAGUAUCUCAACAAAAAUAAGAAAAUAAUGUUCUGGAGCUAUAUAGAAAUAUGUUAAAAUAUAAUGAUUAAUUAUGUGUUUUACAUGUUAGUUUUAAAUGUAAACUUUCAUUACAGGUAUUUUUACUUGUAAAGAAUGUAUAUUAUUUUAAAUAAAAAAUCAUUAUAGAA